CCGAUCCUCUGCGCUUCACGUCCAAACGCGGACAUUCAGAGCAUCAGCCACCCUGGCGCUGCGGCGCCUGAUACCUUGUCCAUUUGCAUCUUUAGCGUUCAGCGUCGCAUCCUGUUGCAAACUUCCCAACUGCUUACCUACCUGCCCAGUGCACCCACGGAAGCGCGCUCGCUCACCACCGGGAGGCUGUCGCACUUUGUGAUUGUCGCCGUAGGAUAGCGCCUACACCAGCGAGUCGCCCACAUCCCAACCCGAAUCGACAGAUAGCGCCUGCGCAUACGAAAGCGCGCGCGCGCAAUACAACGACAGCAACAGCAACAGGGACCAUGAAGUCCAUGAAGAAGAGCCUCAACGUGGGCAAAGUCAUUGGAAGCUUCAGGAAGCGCGCCGGCGGUCACAGCAGCAGCCACGAUGCCGCAGACGAGUCGUCACCAGGUGCGGGGGCAGCCGGCUCAUCGUCCCCCGCCGGGGCAGCAGUAGCCGCCUCUGGCAGCCCCGAAGCCAACGCGAGGGCGGCUGUCCAAGCCUUUUGCGAAAUGGGCGGCAGCAUGUCCCAGAGGAAAGGCGACGAGAUUCUCCACCUCCCACCCAUUGUCGACGCCGCCGAGUCGUCCCCCGCCGCCGCUGCAGAGUGCGCCCGCGUGAUCCGCCGCUUCCUCAGCAAGGAGUACAACGGCAAGCCGGCGUGGCAGUACAACGCCCUCAUGCUCGUGCGCAUCCUCGUCGACAACCCCGGCCCCUCGUUCACCCGCAACCUGGGCGAGCCCGAGUUUGUCGAGACCACACGCAAGUUGCUCAAGCACGUGCGCGACACGCGCCUGCGGCACAUGCUCAUGGAGAUGCUGGACGACUUUGAGCACACCAAGCAGUACGACGAGAACCUGCAGCCGCUCGUCCAGAUGUGGAAGGCACAGAAGGAGGAUGCCUUUAAGAAGAACGGCGGGCCGCCGCCCCAGAUGAUGCAGCAGCAGCGUCAGCAGGCGUACCAGCAGCCGCAGUACUACCAGCACCCGCAGCAGUGGCAGCCGCAGCCAGCACAGUAUCGCCACUCGCAGAACUACGCCGCGCGUGCGCAGCAGUCGUCGAAGCGUCUCCCUGACCCCAUCGAGCUGUCCAGCCGUCUCGAGGAGGCCCGCACAUCCGCCAAGCUCCUGGAGCAGGUCGUCAUGAACACAUCACCCAGCGACAUGCUCCACAACGAUCUCAUCAAGGAGUUUGCCGACCGCUGUCAGAGCGCCUCGCGUAGUAUCCAGGGCUACAUGCAGUCGGACAACCCCGUCCCCGACAACGACACGAUGGAGAGCCUCAUUGACACCAACGAGCAGCUCCAGACGGCGCUCAAUCAGCACCAGCGCGCCGUCCUCAACGCGCGGAAACAGAUGGGCGUAGCGUCCCCGCCCCAGGUCGCGACGCCCGACGCCCAAGGCAAUGAUAGAAUCCUAGCCUGGCAGCGAUCGCAGGCUGAGCUACACGAGUCUGGUGAGCACCCCGAGGAUCCCCACAUUGUCAACGGCAAGGGCAAGGCGACGGCUGCGGGACCCCUCGACGACGCCGCUGAUGCGCAGGAUCCCUUCCGUGAUCCCGAGGAGCACCAGCGCCAUCAGUUCGAGCCGUACCACCCCAGUGGAUUCGGGCAGACGAAAGGUCCAUCCUCAGCCGUGGCCGGUGCUGGCGGUGCCAGCUCUGCGCGGAGGAGAGACGUCGAUGGCGUGUCGGAGGAGGAUGACCUGUACGACGCGCCGUCUGCCGCUGCCAAGGAGAAGGACAAGGCGAUGGAGCCGAUGCGCCUGUCGUAGGACGUUGCGGUGGACAUUGGGCUUGCCUGCCGAAGUACAAUCACGGUCAUGAAACAUACAAUACCCGGCCAUUUUGAGAAGAACAGAAUUGAUUCCCCUGAGUUGCCUUGGGUCUACUGACUGAGUGAUGGUCA